CGAUUUUGUAACUGCAAUUAACUGCUUGAUCGAUCAUGCCGACAGGUAACGCCGACCCCCACGACAACACGAUGACGCGGUGGACAUCCAAAGCAACUAGUGAUGACGCCAUCGAACCAUCUCCUCCUUCCUCUUCUUCUGCCCCGCCGUCGGACGGACUGGCCUCGUUCGACUUGUUCGUCCAGUGGGUGCUUCUCUCGCCUACAUCCACCGUGGACGCCCACUGCGCUUCCAUGUGGCCCGCAGAUCUAGACGCGUUGGAUGACGACGAGGUUACUUCUCGUGAAGCUACGGAUGGGGCGGAAUUUGCCACUACUACCGACGCCAAGCUGGCGCAAGCGUCCGUCGAAGCUGACCACGAAGACCUAGCCGAUACUCUGUUUGCCAUCGAGCGUGAAAUCGACGCAUUGGAUGAGGCGUUGGUAUCGCUCGAGCACGACAAGACCACCGACGAACUGGAACUAGCGCAAUGUGAGCGACAUCUCCUCCAACGUUUGAAAGAUCGAGAUGAGACGGUAGCCGACCAAUAUGCAUUGGAGCAUCAAAUCGCACAAGUCCAACAAUUGGGCUCCCCACAAGACAUUGUAUCGUCAAUAAUCACCACGACUCCGUCGUCGUCCAAGUUGUUGCGGCGGGGCAUGACGAGGUUAAACUUACCCUUUGGAUGGUCGUCCAAGAACCAAUCAAACCCGUCGGCGUCGUUGGAAUUGGACAUUGAUCUCUACCACGAUACGACCCAAGUUCACAAAGAUAUUGAAUUAUACGAAAAAAGACUGGCGCAUGAAAAGCUAUCGCUCGCAGAAGCCAAGUCGGACUUGGAUACCCAAAUAUUUAGCAACAGGUUGCUUGCAAAGAAAUGCGCCAAGCUCCAAGAAAGCCGCAAAGCAUUCCUAGCGACUCAAAUUGAAGCCAAGGACGACUUGGACCAAAUGCAAACCGCUUAUGCUGCGACCGUGGCCAAACUGAAAAUGGUGUCCAAUGUUGCCACCACCAUCCGAAAAAACAACGCCACUGCUAGCACCCCCCACGCCCGGGCGUCGACUUAACAUUGCAAUACUCAACGGCCCCAUAUUGAAGCGUAUACGAUUGUGAAUAUUCGCUAUAUACGUCCAAAUUUCUAAAUUCGCGCGAUUAUCAAUAUUAAAUCACGCUGGAGUUCUGAUUGGU